AUGAAAGCAGUAUAUAGUAAAUCAUCUAUUUUUUUUACGCUGCUCUUAUUAUGUUUAUUCCCAAUAAUAUUCAUGUAUAUCCAAUCCGCAUAUAGCGCAGUUUAUGAGCCGUCAACACCUACAGAAAAUAAAAAAUCACACGAGAAAGAGGAGAAUAAAAAGGAAAUCUGAUAUUUUUCAAGCUUUUCACGAUUGCUUCCUUCCGAAACUUGAAACAAUCACGGAAAGCUAUCGCAGAUUUUGGUAUGAAUUUGCAAACGUAACAAAGGAUUGUGACAACUUGAAAGAGUACAAUUUUCUUGAUAUCCAAGCCGCAAAAAAUAAGGACGAAGUCAAGUAUGUGGUGUUUCCAAAAAAGAAUAAUGAACCGCUGACAAUGGUUACUCUUGGAAUUGGACGUGAUAUCCGAGCAGAGCUCAGACUGAAAGCGAUGUACCCUAACCUAGCUUUUCACGGAGCGGGCCCGGGUGUUGCUGUGAACAAAGAUCUAUACGAAAGCACGUUGGGUGGGAAAUUCUACAAUUAUGCAGUUAGUGGACAAAACGGUAUACAUAUAUCCAAAAUCUUUCUUGAACGAAACUCUACAGUAGAUGCAACUAAACACAUUCGAGCCGAUUAUUUCUUCAGAAAAAUACUUAAUAAAAACAGAAUAGACAAUCCGCACAAAUUGAUUGCCGAUGCUGUGCUCCGAUCAAAAGAAAAAAAUCAAAGAGAAUAUGUUGAAAAUUACAGAGAAUACAUAAAAACUAGAAAGUGUAUGUUCUCAUUUCUCUGA